AUGGCAACACAUGUUUGAAAGUAAAGGCUUGACUCUUCUGAGUGCUUACUCCUAUGCUAGCUAGCUUCUCAUUUUGACCAAACAUUCCCCUUAUAUCUGUGUAGGUGGCGCAAUAUACAGAUGCCACCCAAAAAGAAAGGAUCAAGUAAAAAGCCUCCAAAGGCAAGGACUCCCACUCUUAUUGAUGGCCUUACUAAAGAUGAGAUGUCCAAGGAGCAGCUGGAAGAACACAUUGUGCGUCUUCGAGAGGAGCUGGAUAGAGAAAGGGAAGAGAGAAACUACUUCCAGCUCGAGAGGGACAAAAUCCACACGUUUUGGAAGAUCACAGAAAGACAACUUGAGGAGGUCAAGGCUGAACGGAAGAACUUUGAUAAGGACAUAGAAGAUGAUGAGGCGCACCACCAAGUGGAGAUCAAGGUAUAUAAGCAGAAGAUGAAGCACCUCCUGUGUGAACACCAGAACACAAUCUCUGAAUUGAGGGCAGAUGCUUUAGUCUUCACUCAGGUGAGGCAGAAAGAGCAACAACAACUCGAGACUCAGCUUCAUAAGGACAUGAGGGCCAUCAUGGUCGACCAGCAGGAACUCAAUGAUGAAAACCUGAUGCAGGAACUUGAACUGAAACAUGCUCAAGAAAUUACUGAUUUAACGGACAGCUUGAAGAAGCAACUCGCAGGAAUCCAAGCCAAGUUUUCGAAAGACAUGGAUUUACUGCCACUAGAGCUGGACAACAUUAAGAAACAAGAGACUGGUCAGAGAGAAGACCAUUGGAACAACCACAUUAACACUCUUAUAGAAGACAACAAAAAAUUCCUUUUGGAAGCUAAAGCACUCAUUGAUAGCAUGCCUGAGCAUUUGAAUUCGAGUGACAAGCAACCAGUAAACCAGAUCACCUAUAAACAAAAACUGAACCAAAAGCUUUUGGAUGGUCUUCUGCAAGAUAACAAUAGUCUCAAUGAGCAUCUAUCCAACGUCAAAGAGCAAAUCGCUGAAAAGGAAAGAAAAAUGAAAGGCUAUUCAACUAAAAAGGAUAUCCGUGAAAAGUUAAAAAAGAGUGAGCUGGAUGAUCUGAAACGGGAAUAUGGAAUAAUGGAACAGAAAUUCAGCAAGCUUCAGCUGGAAAGGGAUGAGCUAUGCAAGACAUUCACUGAGAAUGUUCAGAAGGUGCAGCAGAAAGUGGAUUUGAAGAGCUCGCUGUUGGAAUUGAAGCUGAAAAGCCUGACGGACAGCGUGGAGAAGACGCAGGCUCAGCUCUUCUAUGUGAUUUCUGCCUCUAACAUGGACCAAACUGCCCUUAAUGGGGUCACUCACAGAGUUGAGGAAUAUCUUGACUCCAGUAAUAAUUCCAUCAAGAAGUUACAGAAUAAAAGAGCUCAGAUUUCCCAGGCUCGUAAGGACUUGCUGCUGACCUACGAAUCAAAGCAAAGAGCUCUCGGUGUCCCGGUGGAAGAGCUCUUAUAAACCCUUUGAGAGCAGUCUUGGAUUUGCCCAACAAUGGGAAGUAAUAAACUCUAAAAGUU